ACUCGCUAAGAGUACUCGGAAACCUCGGGAAAAGCUUCCAUCUAAGAGUCGCGUUCUCUUUCCUUUGGACUCGAUCCAGGUUUGAUUUGGAACGAGAGAGAGAGAGAAAGAGAGAGAGAGAGAGAGAGAGAGAAAGAGUGGGAGGGAAACGGAAAGAAAGAGAGAAAGACAGAGAGAGAGAGAGAGAGAGAUAUAUAUAAAGACAGAAAGAGAGAGAGAGAGAGAGAGAGAGAGAGAGAAGAGAUAGUAUGAAUAUUUGGAAGAUUAAAAUAAGUAAUGAGAGUAACACUACUAGUUAAAUUGUUUCGAAUAAUUUAUACGAUGAUACGAGAUAAUCUCUCGAAGAUUACUAUCAUUCAAACGAGACUGUGACGUUUUUUGAAAACGAAAAAAGGAAUUAUAGAGAUAGAGAGAGAGAUAGAGAUAGUAAGAUUAAGAGAGAAAGAGAGAGAGAGAGAGAGAGAGAGAGAGUGAACUCAGGAGGACGGACAGUGACAAGAAGAGUGUUACACCAGUGUCCGCGGAGUGAAACUAGCUUGACGUUUCGAAGAGAGAUAAACCACGAGGAGACAUUCUUAUGGAUACGAAAAGUUGAAGAUCUUCAUUGACAUAGAUUCUACGGUGUAAGUGAAAGAGGAGAAAAAGUAUUUGAGAUAAUUGAAUUCGGUGAUUUAUAAGAGAAGUUGGAAAAUUGCAUUGGUACUAUUGCGUUGAAAAGAUGAGCGUUGCUCUCGUUACCAUGGAUCCGGCGUACAGUCUCCGAUUGGGGAUUGGUUCUCCUCCUCCUCAUCAUCAUCAUCAUCUUCUUCAUCAUCAUCAUCAUCAUCAUAGGGUUAGAUCGCCCGAUCACGUGGGACAGCCUCGUCAGGAAGAUCACCUUCAUCAUCAUCAUCAUCAUCAUCAUCAUCGUCAUCAUCAUCAUCAUCAUCCUGGUCAGGAGGACACAGAUACGCCAUUGAGAUUUAGCGUCGUUAAUAUUUUACGGCCAGAUUUUGGAAGAGAAGCGAUACUCAGUACGAAGGGUACGAAACAAAAUGGUUUGCCAUUACCGAGACAUCACAGUCCACUUCCGCUUCCAAGAGAUCUCAGUUUGGGAUCCUCGGUGAAUAGUAAUAACAAUAGGCUAUCACCACAAUCACCGAAUUCGAUUGUGAAUCGUGAGAGAGACAAUUUCCCGUCGCAUUGCGGAUUGAGCAGAAGCGGAAGCGUCGAGAGUCUUGCGAGUAAUAGAAGUUCCGUGACAGGUAGCUCUGUCACAGGUAGCACGCCGUCCCUGAGCUCAGCGUCUUCUACUAUAGGAAGCGGGGAAUCGGUGAGCGGCGAAAACACGACCAGCAACGCCACCAAUAUAAAUAACCUUCCACAAAAUGGUACCAAUGGUCAAAGCCUUUGGCCCGCUUGGGUUUAUUGCACUAGAUAUUCCGACAGGCCCUCUUCCGGACCACGAACCAGACGAGUUAAGCGUUCGCAAAAUAGCGGAAAAAGCGGCACGCCCGAGGAGAAGCGACCUAGAACGGCAUUCAGUGCGGAACAGUUGGCCAGGCUGAAGCGAGAAUUCGCUGAGAAUCGAUACUUGACGGAGAUACGAAGGCAACAGCUCUCAAGGGAUCUUGGACUGAACGAGGCACAGAUCAAGAUCUGGUUCCAAAAUAAGAGGGCGAAGAUCAAGAAGGCGAGCGGACAGAAGAAUCCAUUGGCCCUUCAGCUGAUGGCCCAAGGACUUUACAAUCACUCGACCGUGCCGGUAGACGAGGACGGCGAGGAGAUCGUCACGGCACGAAAUCAUUCGCAGUAAAAUUUAUCCCUGAAAUAUAAUAGGAGAUCGGUGUAUAAAUAAAAUAUAUAAAAUUAAGAACGACCAGAGAGAGAGAGAGAGAGAGAGAGAGAGAGAGAGAGAGAGAGAGA